AAUAAGCGUCUACUCUAUAUUCAGUUUUUCCCGCAGUCACUCCUGUAGAAAUGAUAGAUUUGCUAAUCAUUUGUCUAUAGGUCAGUAGGUCGUUCCCAUUGGCAGACUAUUUUGCACAAGGGAUGCUGGCGCCAGAGUGUCGGGAGCCGGCGCGCCGCCCUAGUCUCAGUGUCGACCGGCCGCCCGCCCGCCCAGGAUCAAACAACUGGGAAUAUCGUUUCAAAUGUCUAAGCUCUCACGUAAAAUCCCUCAAUAACAAGAUAUGAAUCUUAGCUUGCUACUAAUAUACUGCUUUAUUAUUUGCACGCAUUCCGCGAAACAGAAACAUGUGACUCCAAACAAAACGGUGCCCGUACCUGAAGCGAAAAAAGUCGAAGAAAAUAAACCUGAAGAACGUAAAGCGCAAAAUAAAGUAAACCCUAAGGACAUACCGGACCUAUUAUCGAAGUUACCAAGAAAAAAAAUUAUACAACUCAUACAACCUGAAGCCGUAACACAGUGGGCCAAAGAAAUAUCGGAGAGUCUGCUUGAAAACGAAGAGCUGGUUGUUCAAAGUAAAGAGAUAAUAGCGGGUUUCUCCAAUAUCCGGAUUGCGGCGCGGAAUGGCUCAGCCAUCGUGGAGCAGAUGGCUCGGAAUCUGGAGGACCUGCUGACCAGGCGGGUGAAAGCUGCCGAGGCCAUCAUGCGCCGGGCGGAGGCCCUGGCUAGCGAGGAGAGACACCCUCCCCCGGACUACACAUAUGACUAUAGCAUUGAGCUAAACGAGCUGAAAAAGAAGCUAGAGACAGAAAGCCAGUGGGAUCUGCCAGAGCACUGUCGCAGCCUGCGCAAGCUCCACCUGCGGCGCAGCGAACACUUCGACGCCGACGUCUCGCUGGAUCACAGCAGCGUGCAUGCCGCCGCCGAGGUCUUCGACUGCAAUCCAAUAAUCAAAAAUCACUUGUACUGGUCGGAGGGGCUGCUCUCUACAUUCAAAGACAACUACGCCCAAGAUGCGUCUAUGGACUUCCAAUACUUUUGCAGUGCUAGAGGCUUCCUGCGACACUAUCCUGCUGCACUCUGGAGCAGCCUCUUCCAACUACCCCUGGAGACAGACAACGUGUACGAUUGCCGACUGCGGCCGUGGUACGUGAGCGCCAACGGAGCCCCUCGCGACAUCCUCAUACUCCUCGACGCUUCGGGCUCGAUGGACAACUCGUCCAACCAAGUCACGGCUGAGUGGUUUACUCAGACAUUACUCAAUGCCUUGCCUGAUGAUGACCAAGUGAAUGUGCUCAGAUUCAACGUUAUUGUCAAGUCUCCGAUCAGCUGCUUUGAUGAUAAACUCGUUCCGGCUGACCACGUGAACACUGCUGCGAUGAUGUCUGAGCUGAAAGAGUUGCCUUUCAAGAACGAGACCAAAAUGGACUACGUGUUGCGAUACGCAAUACGACUGCUGCAGCGGCAGAAGCCGACGGUGGACCGGCCGGUGUCUUGCCAGCAAGCCAUUGUGGUAGUCACCGACAGUCUCUAUCAUAACUACACCGAGCUGCUAAGAGAACUCGACCCAACUGGCCGCAUUAGACUUUUUGUAAUGUGGCUCCACGACCAGUACGGUCUCCGCGACAAUACGCGGGAGUACAGCAACUACAUCAGCUGCGACCGCGACGGAUACUUCGCAGAGUUGCUCAGCAGCAAUGACGUCACGGAGCAAGUUAUGAAUAUCAUGCGCGUGCUGGAACGCCCGCUAGUGGCGCAGAGAAAGGAACGGCUGCAAGUGUACAGCGAUGUGUACGCACAUGUUGAGGAACCACGAAGAAGCGAGUUCUACUGGCUGCAAAAAGAAAACGCAGAGCAAGUUUACCGCUACCGAGAGCUGCGCAAGAACAAGGAAAAACUUCUCAACGACACCUACAAGCAUUAUCUCCACCAACAGAGCUUGGACAAGUACGGUCUAUACUACGAAGGCCAAGACGUGAACUACAGGCUCCAAAUAAGCGUUUCAGUACCUGUGUUCGACCACACUACACUCGAGAAUAUAACAAUAAAACUGGAUGAGGAGAAUCAGAGAAACGCUACAAGAACGUACCCGGUGAACAGAUUACUUGGCGUAGCUGGGAUCGAUAUACCUAUCGAUCACCUGAAGCUGAUAUUGCCUUAUUAUCAGCUCGGGCCUGGCGGCGUACUAUUCGUGAUUGAUCAUCGCGGUAACAUCGUCUUGCAUGACAACCUUAAACCUGUCUUUGAUGGCGACCUCCUGAAACCUGGUUAUCGGACAGUAGAUAUCAUAAACCUGGAACAGCCGGCUAAAGAACACGCACCAAGAGACUAUCCGGAAAAAUGGUUGGAAUUCCGGCAUUCGCUCGUAAUUCAACAUCCCAGAGGCAUCCGAGUGAUGCAUGGAAAGAACGUAUACGAAGAAGGAAUGCGAGCCAGCUUGGAACAAAGAGAAUACCACUGGAAGAGGGUUACUGACCAUUACGUUGUGGCGGUAGUACUACCACCGUAUGGGCGAUACCAUGCAGUUCCUGAAGGACAGUUCACGCAGCAAAUUGCCCAGGAAGCAUUGAAAACGUUGACGAGAAGUGACUUUGCAGUUAAUCCAGACUGGUUGUACUGUAAGCACGUGGAGCCGCACUUUGACACGCCCGAAGCGGAGGUGCUGCACUUCAUCCGAAGACGUAGCGACGAGCCAAACUUCGCCAUGAAGAAGCUCAAGCACCUCUUUUCACCUCUAGAGCCCGCUUUGUUGGACAAGACUUACCAAUGUAACGAAGAACUGAUAGCGAGGCUUUGCAGAGAAGCCGUCGCCACCAGCAAGUGGAUGGAGGACCACGAAGACUUGGAGUGCACUACCUGCAAACUGGGCUCUGUUACAGCGUUCUUCUCCAGUGAGAGCGGGUUGACUCGGUGGCGCCACUAUCAUAUCACAAGCCCGCACGCGCCGCCUCCGUCUGGGGGAGCUUGGCCUCAUGGGCCGGCCGAGCCGUGGUACCGGCGCGCCGUCGCCGCCGGCGCAGCUGAGCUGUUGGUUCACGCACCGGUCACCCCGGUGCGCAGGAUGCGCAAUACUGAGGCUAAACCGCCAGAGGUGGGGACUCGAGGAGAAUGGUUAACAGCCGCAAGGGUGGUGGGCUCCGACAAAGGCGUAAUAGGCGUGGCCGGCUUCCACUUCCACCCGCAGCAUUUUGAGGAUCUACUUGUAGCUGUUACUUACGAUCCAUGUGACGAUAAAGAUGAAGACUGCAAACCAACCUGCGACGGCAAAAUCUGGUCGUGCGUGAUCAUCGAUGAAGGUGGAUGGAUCGCGGCUGGAGGCCCCUCGCCUGCUGACGAGGACAACCCGUCUUCCGAAGACCCCAUCAGGCUACACCUGGCGACGGCCUACCCAACCGCCAUGGCUGCGCUGGUCAAAGCCAAGAUAUUCACGGUCAACUGGCUGCACGAUUACCAAGGAGUCUGCUUCAAUUACGAAGAGUCAUCCGCUUCCAUGGUGUUGCCAACAUUGCUGAAAUCAAUAUGGCGCAGCGUCUAUCUACUAAUUACCGUUGCACAAGAAUUGGUGACAUUAGUGGCAGUGUUCAGUUCAAGUAACACGGCGUAUGCCGACACCCAAAAGGAAAGAGACAAAAGACGCAACCGCGUGCGACGCGACUUCGAAAGGGAGAAGUACGAUCGCCUUUACGACGAACGAGUGCUCGUCAACAGAUCUCGCUUCGCAGCUUGCGAUAGAUCGCGGCCUAUGUACGAAUUGCAGCGCACACCUCAAACGAUGGAGUACCUCCGUCGCGGAGCGUCGCUAUGCAGCUGGCCGCUAGUUGGCGCUCCCGUGCCCGGUACCAACCUGCUGCUACUAGCUAUCUACACGCGCUGCCGCUACCACGAGGACCCUGUGCACGACCCGCUGGUCAACAAACCGGUGGACGUAGAUAAACUGAUGGGCGACCAGAACUGGGGAAAGAUGUCAAAAGCAAGUCGGCUGGCGUGCUUCAGAAACCGGGUGCCUUUGCUCGGCCGCCCGCCGCGCGUCACUUGCUUCCAGCACAACUAUACGGAGGAAGAGGGAUACCGCCAGUGCGGCCCGUGGCUGCCCGACCCGGAACCAGAGGAAGAAAGCACCGGCUCAACUUCAAAUGCACGUCAUCAACUCUCUGUGCUAUUGAAACUACUGUUCCUAUUUACAUUAUUUACAUACGUAUAAAAUGCCAAAUUGCUACAAUCUAUUUUAUGUUUAAAUAAAAAGAAUGAUAAUUUCCCAA